CCACAAUCACAAUAACAACUAAAGGGUGAGAGAGAGAGCCACAACAACAACAACAACAACAACAACAAAAAAUAGUGAGAGAGAACGAGAAGGAGGGAGUGCGAGAGAGAACAACAACAACCAAAACCACGGCCACCGCCCCAGCCACCACAACAACAACAACGGCAAAGGAAGCUAUGUGCAAUCUCCCACCAGGUUAUAGAUUCUACCCAACAGAAGAAGAGCUGGUGGGAUUCUACCUGCGUAACAAGCUAGAGAACAGGAGAGAGGACUUAGACCGUGUUAUUCCUGCCAUCUAUGUCUUCACUCUCGACCCUUGGCAGCUCCCAAGCAUGUCGGGUGAGCUGUGUGUCGGAGAUAUUGAACAAUGGUUUUUCUUCAGCCCAGUGCAAGAGAAGGAAGCCCACGGAGGGAGGCCAAACCGAAUCACACCGUCGGGCUACUGGAAAGCAACCGGCUCUCCUGGCUAUAUCUUCUCCAACAACCGAGUCAUUGGCCUAAAGAAAACCAUGGUUUUCUACGAAGGAAGAGCCCCCACAGGGAAGAAAACGAAAUGGAAGUUGAAUGAGUAUAAAGCCCUUGAAGAAACAUCAUAUUCAAAUGCAGUUCCAAAGUUUCGACAUGAAUAUAGCUUAUGCCGAGUAUACGUAAAAUCGGAAAGCCUACGAUCAUUUGAUCGACGGCCGACGGUCACGAUGACAAGCGGGACAAAACCCAAUAUCGAUUUACACAUUAAAGAGGGAGCUAGUAGUAGCAGUUUAGGUGUAAUUUCUCAUCAAAAUCCUUUGAAGGUGGAGAGAGCUGAUAGUUCGUCAUCGGGCGACCAUGCUUCUCACUCUCAAGCUGAAUAUUCUGGCAAAGACGACUGGAAGAUGAUAGGAAAUCUCGACACUGUUUGGGAUUCUAUCGAUUGGGAGUAAGGAAAUCUACAUCGAUUUAUAAUCAUUGUGGCCAUCCAACGUUCGCAUGACGCAUGCAAGUGUCAAUCUGGAUGUCCAAUGUGGACUGUUGUGGAUGGAACAUAGCCUGAAAAUUACACUAAUCGGAGAAUUAUAACCAUCCAAUUAGUAAAUAUCAAAUGAACGGUUAUGAACGAAAUGAUCAGUGGUCCAAAUUCACAAGUGAAACCAGAUGGUUAAAAUUAUUCAAUUCUCAGGACUUUUAAUCUAUUUCCAUCCACAAUGGGGCAAUGAUUUGAAUGAUCCAGAUUUCCACCUAUCCAUGCACGUGCAAAAUGGAUGAGACACGGCGACUAACAAAAAUUGGUCUUUUUUCUGUUUGUUUAAAAUUGAAUUGUUCUUGUUAUGCAUUAUGUAAUUGAAUUGCAGGAAAAAUAAUUUGUUAGUUUUACCCUUUUUGUCAUUUGAAUUUUUUAUUUCAGUAAUCAAAUAUGAAAAUUCC